CGACCUGUAGCGCGGCAGGUAGCGGCAGGUGAUCAAUGCGGUUUCCUGUAGCGCCAGUCACUGAGAUUUCUUCCGGGUUCCUCGCGCAGUUGUGUUUUGUUUCGGUGUCUCGGCACAGCGCGCAACAAUGACGCAAAGUCACACCCCGCGGUCGUACAUUCCGUUUUUCUACGACACGCACGACAACUCGGUGGAAACAAACAUGUUGUAGACGUACUUUUUUCCUCUUUUUUUCCCUUCCCGCAGCCCGUUCGAGACGGACGAAGGACUUCAUCGCCAAUUCUACCUGACCGGAGACACCUGUUGCUCCGGUUCCGACGGACAGGUGCCACUUUUCCUCGCCCCCUACCGAGGAACAGCUCAACUGGAACACGGAAUAAUUUCUCUCCCACACCUCCCCGCCCCCCGAACCCCAACAAGGACCCUCCACCGACGCUUGACCUGACAGCUGCCAUGAAGGUGACGGUGACGUUCGGGGACACGGCGGUGGUGGUUCCCUGUAAAACUGCGUGGACCGUCCGGGAUUUGACCGACCAAGCCACGCGGAGAUACCGCAGGAUUUUGGAGCAGCAUGAGGAGAGUGAGGUGAGGACCCACCACUUGACGUACAUCGAAGGCGGGAUCAUGGACAUGGACGACCUGCUGAUCGACCUCGUAGAAGACCGGGACAAGCUCGUGGCGGUGUUCGACGUGCGGCGCGGGAGGGCCGAGAGCCCCGAGGAGACGAUGUCCAACGGCCACUCCGGCACGGCGCCGAGCCCCGAGCCGCUCCACUACUUCUCCCACCUGCAGCAGCAGCAGCAGGAGCAGCCGAUGAGGGGCGAGAUCGAAGUCAACGAGGCCGUCCUCAAAGCCAACACGCCUCUGUUGGUGAGGAGCAGCAGUGACCCGGCCCUGGCCCCGACCCACGAGACCAGAGCCACGCCUCCGCCUGAGAACCGCGCCGGCGGCUCCCCCGAUCCGGAAAUCGACCAUGUGCUGAAAGGAGCUCUGGACCAACUGCACACAUACGACCCCCCCGCCAAGAUGAGCAAAGUGAACUACAGCACGCUGACGAGGGCAGUGGAGUUUCCGUGUGACUGGGGACCUCUGGGCAUCCACGUGAUCCCGUACUGCUCCUCUCUCAGCGGACGGAGCUUGGGCCUGCACAUCAAAGGCAUCGAGAAGAACAGCCGCUCGGCAAAGGAGAACAUCUUCCAGCAGGACGAGUGUAUCGUCCGGAUCAACGACACGCCCCUCCAGGACAAGACCUUCGCCGAGUCACAGGAGGUGUUCCGCCAGGCCAUGUCGUCCCCGUCCUCGUCCGUGCGGCUGGAGGUACUCCACCCGGACAGCAGGCCGCGCUACGAGAAGAGCCUGAUAGGUCAACUCUUUGGCGCCGACGGCAAGGAACCCGCGACGGCGAAGGCCAGGAGCCCGGUGGGGGCCCGCGCCAAGACCGAAGCGGAGCCCAAGCAGGAGGUGCAGCGGCCGGAGUUGCAGCGGCCGGAGUUGCAGCGGCCGGAGUUGCAGCGGCCGGAGGUGCAGCGGCCGGAGGUGCAGCGGCCGGAGGUGCAGCGGCCGGAGGUGCAGCGGCCGGAGGUGCAGCGGCCGGAGGUGCAGCGGCCCGAGUUGCAGCGGCCCGAGUUGCAGCGGCCCGAUGCGCGCGCUGGGACGCCAGAGACGACCACCGUGCCGUCGGUGGAGCUCCGGCCCCGGCGCGGCUCCGCGGAGAGACUCUCGCCCGCGCCUCUCGCCUCCCCCCCGACUCCCCGGGCACAAAGCCAGACCCCCUCGGCCGGCAAGAGCCUCGGCCCCAGCCUGACCAACCUCACCAACAGAAAGGGCAGCAAGAAGAUGAAGAUUGAGCUGAAGAAAGGCGGCGAGGGUCUGGGCUUCACCGUGGUAACCCGAGACUCCUCGGUCCACGGGCCGGGGCCGAUCCUGGUGAAGAACAUCCUGCCCCGCGGCGCAGCGGUCAAAGACGGCCGCCUGCAGCCGGGAGACCGCAUCCUGGAGGUGAACGGCGUGGACAUGACGGGCCGCAGCCAGGAGGAGCUGGUGUCCAUGCUGCGCAGCACCCGGCAGGGACAGAGUGUGUGCGUGGUGGUGGCACGGCAGGAGGACGUCUUCCUGCCGCGGGAACUGAAAGGGGAAGAGGACGGCAGCCUGGUGAUGGAGGACGGCAGGGAGCAGCUGAUGUACGAGGUCCCGCUCAACGAAUCGGGCUCGGCCGGCCUGGGGGUCAGCCUGAAGGGCAACAAGUCCAGAGAGACCGGGGAGGACCUGGGCAUCUUCAUCAAGUCCAUCAUCCACGGAGGGGCAGCCUACAAGGACGGGCGGCUGAGCGUCAACGACCAGCUGAUCGCGGUGAACGGCGAGUCGCUCCUGGGGCGCUCCAACCACGCCGCCAUGGAGACGCUGCGCCACUCCAUGUCGUACGAGGGAAACGCCCGGGGAACCAUCCAGCUCGUGGUGCUCCGGCUCUCCCGACAGCAGAUGGGCGACGGCAGCCCCGCGGCGAACGCGAUGGCGCCCAAGUGGCCCGCCACCCAUCAACCGAACAACCACGAGGCCCCCAGCAAUCAGGUACGAGAGGGUGAAGCCCGCCGGCCGCAGCCGUCUCCGUCUCCCCCUGCGCCUCGCCGCUCCUCCUCCCUCCUCCCGGCGCUGAGGAGGCGAGCGUCGGAGCCGCCCCCGGCAGGGACGCGCACCCGGCCCGCCGAGGUUUCCGCUCAGAGGCGCGGGUCCAGCGGUUCCACGUUCGGCCUUGGCCAAAGGGGCGGCGAGCACGGCGACGGCGCGGGGGGGCAUGCGCUAGAAGGCGCGCGCAGGCCGGCCUCCGGGUACGAGUUUGGGUUCGCCUCUCGCAGCCGGACGGCGAGCAGCUUUGACAGAAACUUAAACAGGGAGAGCUACGAGUCCGGGUACACGCACGGCUACACGCACGGGCACGCGCACGGCAGGACGCUGCGUACGCUCGCCAGCGCCCGCGCGCGCAGGCGCACGCCCGACUCCGGCAACGCGUACGCCGAGAACAUCAGGGCGAUGGCCGGGCAGAUGUACGGAGACCCCCCCCCACACGCGGGGAUGCUCGCCCGCAGCCCCGACCAAAACACACGCACAUACAUAGACGCACACUACCACAACCACGCACACAACCAAGCUUUCAUCAGACACCAGCACCUCGGACACUGCUUUUUCUUUUCUUCUCUUCACGUCCAUUCAGCGCUGUAUCCCGCCGCCAACACCAAUGACAGUCGCGGUCACUACGGCAACGCUAAUGACGAGUUUGAGGAUGGCUUCCCCCCGCCGUCCUCACCUGGCGCCGAGGAGAAAGUAAAUGAAUACUCGUCGCAAACCCUCCCACGCCACAGCGAGUUGCAGACUCGGCACCGGGAGGCGGCGGCGGCGGCUUUCUACGCCGACAACACGCCUCGCAACAGAACGUCCAAGAGCAUGGACCUGGUGGCUGAUGAGAGCAACAUGGGAUCACUGGACAGCCAGAGGAACGAGCCCUCAGGCAGAGGAGCCAUGGGCCCCACCCUGGGCUUGUGGAAGUCCAGCUCCCUCGAGAGCCUCCAGACGGCGGUGUCGGCGGAGCAGAGCCGCAGCAAGGCCCAGGUGCCCUUUCACCGGCCGCGGCCGCAGGUGGUGCGGGGGCGCGGCUGCAACCAGAGCUUCCGCAUCGCCAUCGACAAGUCCUACGACGGGCCCUCCGAGGACGACGACGACCUGACGGACCACAGCUCCGGCUUCGAAACGGCCGCCAGCGGCUCCUCUCGCCACGGCCUGGACGCGGACGACGGGAAGCAGCAGGAGCAGCAGCAGAAGAAGAAGACCAAAGGGAAGAAGAAGGAGAAGAAGAGCAAAGGGGGGAAGAAGGCGGACGACUCUGUGGACGAGGCGGAGAAGAAGACCAAAAAAAAGGGUUUCGGCCUUUUAAGAUUUGGGAAGAAGAAGGACGACAAGAGCAAAGACGCCGCCAAAGCCUCCAGAAGCAAACUGGAGGCGCUCAGCGAAGAAGAGCUGGACAGGGGCAGGUAUUAAUCCCGGCUGGGUGGAAAAAACGAGGAGCGCAUGCAACCGUGUCUUAACUGCCUCCUCUCUGAUAGCUACGACCCGCGCCGCGCCGAGAUCCACUCUGGCCGCGUCACGCCGGACUCCUUCCCCGAGGUGGAGGACGACGACAGCGACCCCAACUACGCCCGCAUCGGCAACUUCCGCCAGCAGCCCUCGCCGCAGUCGUUGAUCAGCCGCACGCCGUCCCCGGCGCCACCGUCCCUCAGUGGGCCCGACCCGAGGGCCUCCGCCGAUGAGCUGGAUGGGCUCUACGCCAAGGUCAAUAAGUCCAGACCGCCGGCGGCGCUCCAGAACCAGCAUCAAACGCAGGCGGACAGUGAUCAGCGUCUUCAGGGGAUGCGCAGGUAUCAGCAGGCACGAGCCGCUCCGGUCUACGACGAGCUCGACGCCCAACGCCGUCGAGUGCUGGAGCACGACCCGCACCGGAUGGCACCCAGAGGUGCUGACUCUCGCCCCGCGCCCCGCUACGACGAGGUGGACCGGCAGUACCCCACACAGCCCAGAAGGGAUCCAUACGAUUACCCCACCCACUCCAGACCCACUGCUAGAGAGCCGCCCUACCCGGACUCCAACCAGCGCUACCACCCCCCGUCCUCCGGCGCGGGACUGCAGCACCGUGCGGCGGUGAGGCAGGACGUCCCUCCGUCUCCCAACCCGGACCGGGGGGGGCGCCCCUACUACGAGGCCGCCGGCGGGCGGGUCGACACCCACCGGCAGGCCGGCCAGGGCCCGGAGCGCUACGAGCGCGGGGACGAGAGGCAGCCCGACCCGAGGCGGAAGAACCCCUUGAUAGGCGCGGUGUAGAGCCACACAAGCCCGUGUGAUUCCAGGUCUGUGGAACACGAUAUCAGCGGCUCUGGGCUCCGGGGGGAGGAGUGAGAUUCGGCCGUAUUAACUGAUCUGAUCAGGAGCUAGAAGUGACAAGCUGGGAGGCUAAAAUAAGGCUUAUUUUCAAGACCAACCAUCUGGUCAUAACUCUCCACAGGCCAAGACCGAUUGAACAAGCAUUGUGUGUGUGUGUCUGUGUGUGUACAUGUAUACAGUGCACGUGUUUGCAACCGCUAGUGUAUAUAAGCAAGCGUGCCAAUGUUUAUAUUGACAUUUUUUUAAAGAUGUUAUGUAGAUUUGACAUGAUGGCUACGGUAAUUAAAUUAAUCACACAGAUAUCUGGAGUUGACUUGGAGUUGAUUCUAUAACUUAAAUAUACACUAUUACAGCAUUUUGCACAAGCUGAUCUAACUUAAGGAAAUGAAGACGCAUCACCUUGACCAAUUGGACCAGGAGAAACAGGAAGUUGAUGUGGACAAUAAGGAAAAGGAAGCGACGCCCUUCAAAAUACCCUCUUGGUGUUUGGCCGCCUGGACGUCCUUUCCAUCUGGCCACUACACUUAGAUAUCUGUAUUUUUGCCUUUGAUUAUUUGGGUUUGAAAGUGGUUGGUACUUUUACUGAAGAUUUGUUGGACGUAUAAAUGCGUUAUAUAAAUGUAUUUGUGAUAUUUUGGUGGUGUUUCCAAUAAAAAUGUAUACAAUUUGAUUAUAAAAGUAGUCGACGUGAAUCCUCACCCAGCUAAUAAAGUGCUUAUUAAAAGUUUUUUAUCUUUUGACAUGUAACUGCUGCAAGUGACUGCAGUGAUUUGACUCAAACAUGCUAUGAAAUGAAUGCAUUCUUUUUUUUUAAACAUAUAUUUUGCAUUAAACGUUUUGAAACGAUCA